CUUGGCCAGCGAAACCGGAGCAAAUUCCACACACGCUUUGCUGAUUUGGCGUGCUCCUUCCUGCAUUCUUCCUUCCUUCCUCCUUCCUUCCUCAUCUCACUCACCACCACCAAACCUUGGCAACCUCACCUCGAACCUCUCUUCUUCCAUCGUCUUGACCAUGAGCACGGUCAAUGUGAACGCCAUGACUGAGCACGUCGCUGCUGAGGAUCCCACUGGGCAGGCGAUUCUGGAUGGGAAGAUCCCAGCUGAGCUUGCUGGUGUCACUGAACCCGCUGGUGGACGCGAGGACGACAUUGCUGCCCGCAUUCUGGACGGCGAGAUCACAAACGUGGAUCAGAUUGACGUUGGUGAGACUGUGAACGCUAACUAUGCAUCAGAGAUGCUGCGGAACGCCAGCAAGAACACCACCACCAACGAGGAGGAGGCCGAGAUGGCGCGCAAGAUCCUCAAUGGCGAGUACCCUUGA